UCCAUGUCUUGUCACGUCAAAUGAAAAUCAAUGAAAUGUUGAUAUUUUUUGUUUAUUGUUGACGUUAGUUUAAUUCCUCCACUUUUUAACAUUAAUACCAACUUAUUAAGUCAUCAAAUUUCGGAAUACGAUUUUCUUUUUUCUGCGUAUCUGAAUUUGAUAUAGUCAUUUGUGCUAAAUUUACUGUACUGUUAUAAGCUAUUUUUCUGCGACCUUUUCGUCUGUGGUGAAUUUUACGCAACCAUGUCGGAAACUUACGAAUACCUUUUCAAAUUUCUGGUGAUUGGUAGUGCUGGUACAGGGAAAUCAAGUAUACUAAAUAAUUUCAUUGGGAAUAAAUUCAAAGAAGAUAGAUGCCACACUAUUGGUGUUGAGUUUGGUUCUAAAAUAGUUAAUAUUGGAGGCAAGUCUACAAAACUACAGAUAUGGGAUACUGCCGGGCAAGAAAGAUUUAGAUCAGUAACCCGUUCUUACUACCGGGGUGCAGCUGGAGCCCUAUUAGUCUAUGACAUAACUUCCCGUGAUUCUUUUAAUGCACUUGCAAAUUGGUUAAGAGAUGCACGAACGCUGGCUAGCCCUAAUAUUGUCAUCUUACUUGUUGGUAACAAAAAGGAUUUGGAAGAGUCUAGAGAAGUGACUUUUACAGAGGCUAGUCAAUUUGCCCAAGAAAAUGAGCUGAUGUUCCUUGAGACCAGUGCUAAAACUGGUGAGAAUGUAGAAGAGGCCUUUUUGAAAUGCUCCAAAACAAUUCUAGCUAAGAUAGAAACUGGAGAGUUGGAUCCCGAGCGCAUAGGAUCUGGUAUCCAGUAUGGAACUAGCACAUCCAAGAGAUUGAGUGCGCCCAAGAAGCCUGCAAGAACACCUUCCGAAUGUGCCUGCCGUGUCUAGGGUAAUAACAUUAAUAUUUUUAAGUAUUCAAAGGAUCUGUUUUAUAUUAGUUAUUAUUUCCUCCAAAUUGAGUUCUUUUUAUUCUUAUAAUAGAUGUGAUAAAUAUUAAAAGAUCAAGUUUACUCUAUAUAUUUUUGGUAUACUCUAAGUUUGUUUUAUUUAUGUAUGAAUGAAUAUAGUCUUUUUAAGACUGUUGGCUCUGUCUACCCCAUAAGGGAUAAAGACCUGAUCAUAUGUAUGUUUGUAUGAAUAUAUACUGAUACUCGUAUAAACAGAAUAAUGAUUUUUUUUAAUCUUAUUUGGAUUCAAUUUAUGUGUAAUAUGUUAAAUAUAUCCAUACCAGUGAGCAUCUGAAUAAUUUUGUAAGUAAAGUCAACAUAGACGUGGAAAAUUACUUAGAUAACAAUAUGAAUUGGGAAUAUUACAUAAAAAGAACCAAAAAAUAUUGUUCAUUCAUUUUCCGUGAUACACACAAAAUUUGCUUUAUGUAUGUAAGUAUGGUAGUUACCUAUGUCUUAAUAAAAAUGAUGUAUAUAUUGAAUUUCAUUUAUUAUUAGAAAUGAUCACUUGACUCAAUUAAUUUCUAGAAUGAUCUCAAUUAACAAUACAUUUUUAAAUUGAUGUCUCUCUAUAUUUUUUAUUUUAUUAUGUCCAGUAUGUAUAUGGUAACAGUUAUUGAUUAUUGUUUUCCUUUAACUACUGUAAAUGAUAUUGAUAUAAAGUUCAUUUAUGCAACUUAUUUUUUUACUUCCUGAUUAUGUGGUUAAUUGGAAUAUUGUGGUCUGGUUAUCAUGUUUUUAUGAUUGUAAUUUUUUGGAUCUUCAGAAGCUAUUUUUUACAUUAUUUUGGUUAGUGUCACAAUAAGUAAGUGGAUCAUCAGCUAUCACCAACAUUUGUAUAAACUCACUAGCACUACUCAUAAGUGUAAAAGUGGUGUAAAAUUUGUAAUUAUAAUGGUAAAAUGAAUUUGUUUGAAACUAAGUAUUCAAGCAAUUUUUAGAGUUUAUUAUCACGACGAUCUAUAGCCGCACUUUAAGAGUACCUAAGUGUGACAAUAAAGUCUUGCAAUGUUUGUUGGUAUUUUAAUAUAUGUCCCACAAAUUAAUAAAACAAUUAGUUCAGACUAGACAUAAUUUUGACGUCAUGAUUUCCUAGGAGUUUUAUUCAUUUUAUAUUUAUUGAGUUUAAUUUGGCGAAAUUGUACGCGUAUGUAAGCGUUGUGGUAAAGGGUUUUAGAAAUAAAAUAUGGUAACAUUCUCAAUAUAAAUUUAUUCAUGAUUAAGUAACAUUGCUAAUAGCUUUACAAGGGUAGAGCUACAUUAGUUUUUGCAAUAAACUUCCUAAAGUUACUCAAUAAAAAUCUUUCCAGUUGAAUUAUAUAUAAAACUUAAAAAUAACAUUCAAUUUCACUAUGAGUGAUAAUAUCUGCAGCUUUAGGCUAUAUCUGUGGAUCGACGUUUCAACUACUUGGACUUACUGUUUUCAAAAUCAUAGGAGUAUAAUAUUCUGAUAUGUACUGUAAGUUUUGUUGAACUUACUACUUAGUAAUUUACCCGUGAAUUAUUUCAGACAUACAUUUAUUUGUAUAUUUUCAUAUUAUCAGUGCCGACCCUCUUGCGCUCUGAGCAGACUAAUAAUCCAUAAUCAGUACACUGACUGACUGACAGCUCUAUACUUUUGAAUUCAUAACAAUUACAACAAUAUUUUUCAAUGUCAAAUAUUUCGUAUGUAUGGUAGGUACUCCAUUUCCACCUCAAUUUGAGCAAAUAAAAGUUUGUAUGUCAAUAAUAAAAUAUAUAUUUUUCGGACUAAAUAUUGUUAUUUCUCUUAUCUCAUUAAUCUUUCAAAGAUGGUCUUAAUCAUUUUGAACUUUGAAUAAUAAUAGGGUUUUAACAUUCAUCAAAUAAUAUAUAUUCAGAUUCAUAAGAAAUAAUAUAAAACAAUAAUAUCUAUGAAUUAUAAAUAUAAUGUAAAUAAUAUCUAAAACUAUGCUUAAUUUUAACUGUUACAUACAUACAUAAAAUAGCAUGCAACAAAGAAAUAUUGACAAACAGAUUAAUUAAACAAAAUGCACCUAUUAAUAAAAUCUAGGAACUAUACAUAUUCUUGUGUGGGAUGUAACUUACAGUAAUUUCAAAUGACUAAUAUUUGUCCGACAUGAAGUAAAAGAACAUUUAGGAUGAAUUUGUGUGUAAAAUAAAUACACGUAGCAAGAACCAAAUAAAACUUGCGUGUACUUUCCUAUUUCCGUUAAUAUUUUUAACCGAUAAAUGAUAA